AUGUUGUCAGCACGCCCUGUUUUACGUAACGCAGUCCGUUCAGCUGCUGUUGCUGCUAGAUCAUCAGCCAGAGUUGCUCGUCCAACUUUGUUAACUGCUCAAAGAUUUGCUUCAGCCAAGGCUGCCCCAACUGAAGUCUCUGCUAUCUUGGAAGAAAGAAUUAAGGGUGUUUCUGACGAAGCUAACUUGAACGAAACUGGUAAAGUUUUAUCAGUCGGUGAUGGUAUUGCUCGUAUCUACGGUUUAAACAACAUUCAAGCUGAAGAAUUGGUUGAGUUCGCCUCCGGUGCCAAAGGUAUGGCUUUGAACUUGGAAGCCGACCAAGUCGGUGUAGUCUUGUUCGAUUCCGAUAGAUUAGUCAAGGAAGGUGAAACCGUCAAGAGAUCCGGUGAAAUUGUUUCCGUUCCAGUUGGUCCAGAAUUGUUGGGAAGAGUUGUUGACGGUUUGGGUAACCCAAUUGAUGGUAAAGGACCAAUCAAUGCUUCAGGUCACUCAAGAGCUCAAGUCAAGGCCCCAGGUAUCUUGCCAAGAACCUCUGUCCACGAACCAAUGCAAACUGGUUUGAAGGCUGUUGAUGCUUUGGUCCCAAUUGGUAGAGGACAAAGAGAAUUGAUCAUUGGUGAUCGUCAAACAGGUAAAACUGCUGUUGCUUUGGACGCUAUGUUGAACCAAAAGAGAUGGAACAAUGGUUCAGAUGAAAAGAAGAAAUUGUACUGUGUCUAUGUUGCCGUUGGUCAGAAGAGAUCAACUGUUGCUCAAUUGGUCCAAACCUUGGAACAAAAUGACGCUCUUAAAUAUUCCGUUAUUGUUGCUGCCACUGCUUCAGAAGCUGCUCCAUUGCAAUAUAUUGCUCCUUUCACCGCUACUGCCAUUGGUGAAUGGUUCAGAGACAAUGGUAAACACGCUUUGAUCUGUUUCGAUGACUUGUCCAAACAAGCUGUUGCAUACCGUCAAUUGUCAUUGUUGUUGAGAAGACCACCAGGAAGAGAAGCUUACCCAGGUGAUGUUUUCUACUUGCACUCUAGAUUGUUGGAAAGAGCUGCCAAGAUGUCUGAAGCCAACGGUGGUGGUUCAUUGACUGCUUUGCCAAUCAUUGAAACCCAAGGUGGUGAUGUCUCUGCUUAUAUCCCAACCAAUGUUAUUUCCAUUACUGAUGGUCAAAUUUUCUUGGAAGCUGAAUUGUUCUACAAGGGUAUCAGACCAGCUAUUAACGUCGGUUUGUCUGUCUCCCGUGUCGGUUCCGCCGCUCAAGUUAAGGCUAUGAAGCAAGUUGCUGGUUCAUUGAAAUUGUUCUUGGCUCAAUACAGAGAAGUUGCUGCCUUCGCUCAAUUCGGUUCUGAUUUGGAUGCUUCUACUAAGCAAACCUUGGCUAGAGGUGAAAGAUUGACUCAAAUCUUGAAACAAAAACAAUACCACCCAUUGGCUGCUGAAGAACAAGUUCCAGUCAUUUUCGCUGGUGUUAACGGUUACUUGGAUGACUUGCCAGUUAACAAAGUCGGUGAAUUCGAAGAAGCUUUCGUUGCUCACCUUAAAUCUGACUACUCUGACUUGUUGAAAUCUAUCCAAGAAAAGGGUGAAUUGAGUAAAGAACAAUUGGACCAAUUGCACAAGAUCACCAAAGAUUUUGUUUCCAACUUUAACUAG